GUACUUUAAGUGAGACUUGAAGAAAUUGUGUUAUACAAUUAUGGGUUGUAUUUGCUCCAAAGGUGUUACUUCUAACAAUGAGUUUGGUGAGAGUCUUUCAAGGGAUCAAGAACUAACUAAAUCUUUGAAAGAAUCAAAGAGAUCUUCAAAGCGGUUUGUUUCCACUUCAAAAAGGGAUGAAGUUGUGGUUGAGGUUGAUAAUGGUGUAAAUGAGGUUACUACAAGGUUGAUCUCCUCUACUGAUCCGGAAGAGAAUGUAUGUUCUAUUCCUGUAAUAUGGGAGGAGGAAAGGGAGAAGGAUAUGGUUUUUGAUACAUCUAUGAAGUCUCAAGUAGUAGAUGUUGGAAUGAGCAGUAAGAAACCUCAGAUACCUAGGGUUUUUGGAAAUCAUGAUGGACAAGUUGCUGCGGGAUGGCCAUCGUGGCUUAGUGCAGUGGCUGGGGAAGCUAUCAACGGGUGGGUACCGAGAAAAGCAGAUUCUUUUGAGAAGUUGGAUAAGAUCGGACAAGGCACUUACAGCAGUGUGUAUAAAGCCCGGGACCUUGAAACUGGCCUAAUAGUUGCUCUAAAGAAGGUACGUUUUGCUAACAUGGAUCCAGAGAGUGUUCGUUUUAUGGCCAGGGAAAUCCUUAUUCUUCGUAGACUUGACCAUCCAAAUAUCAUGCGGCUCGAAGGACUGGUCACUUCUAGGGUUUCAGGCAAUCUAUACCUUGUAUUUGAGUAUAUGGACCAUGAUCUUGCUGGACUAGCAUCUUCGCCCACAAUCAAGUUCAGUGAACCACAGAUUAAAUGUUACAUGGAACAGUUAUUUCUUGGACUUGAACACUGUCACAAUCGAGGUGUGUUACAUCGUGACAUCAAAGGAUCUAAUCUUCUGAUUGAUAAUAAAGGAAAUCUUAAGAUUGGUGAUUUCGGGCUUGCAACGUUCUUUCAUCCCAACCAGAAGCAGCCAUUAACCAGUCGUGUAGUAACUUUGUGGUACCGGCCUCCUGAACUCCUUCUUGGUGCCACUGACUAUGGAGUUGGGGUUGACUUAUGGAGUGCCGGUUGCAUUCUUGCUGAAUUAUAUGCAGGGAGGCCAAUCAUGCCUGGAAGAACAGAGGUGGAACAACUUCACAAAAUCUUUAAACUUUGUGGCUCACCAUCAGAUGAGUAUUGGCAAAGGUCUAAACUACCCCAUGGAACCAUUUUCAAACCACAGCAUCCUUAUAAACGCUGUGUUGUUGAUGUGUUCAAGGAUUUCCCACAUUCAGUUAUAAGCCUUUUGGAGGUACUACUUGCAUUUGAACCCGAGAGACGUGGAUAUGCUUCUUCUGCCCUUCACAGUGAGUUUUUCAGAACAGCGCCUUUUCCUUGUGAUCCGUCAAGUUUGCCAAGGUACCCUCCUACCAAAGAGCUUGACGCAAAGCUUCGAGACGAGGAAAUGAGAAGACGUAAGCAAGCUUCUGGUAAAGGGGAUGUUCAUGAAUCUCAUAAGGAUCCCAGAGAAUCCAAAGCAAGACCUGCACCAGACGCGAAUGCAGAGCUAGUUGAGUCGAUACAGAAGCGUUUAUUGCAACCGAACACUCGAAGCAAUAGUGAGAAAUUCCAACAAACAGAAGAAGGUGGUUCUGGCUUUCCUAUUGAACCUUCAAGAGCAACGUCACACGAUGGUCCUACUUAUUCAGGACGGUCAUCAUCUAAACAAGGUGGUGAGACCCUUUUGGGUCAAUCUGCAAUUGAUUCUCACAAGAAUGGUGUCAGGAGCCCCAAUUCUUUAAGAACAAAAGGAUCCUCUCAGUUGUCCAGGUUUUCAAACUCUGUUACUGUUCGAGGUAAUUCAAGGUUUUAUGUUAACAAAGAUGCACAUUUGGUGGAGGAGGAGCCUCCAGAUGCUGUAAAUAGUCAGAUGGAUGAUUCAGUGCCCAUGUCCAAACAUGAAGCGGCGAGAUCAAAAGAUCGCGAGAAGGAUAAUAAUGACGUUGAAAAUGGAUUGAUCUUGGUAAAUGGUACGAAGAAAAAUAGAAUCCACUACUCUGGGCCACUUCUUCCUCCAGGAAGAAACAUGGAUGAAAUGCUCAAAGAGCACGAGAAACACAUCCAACAUGCUGUGCGAAAAGCUCGCACAGAAAAGAAUAAAGCAAGGAAAAUGUACGAUGAUAAUGGACAAACCGAGUCUCUACUGCAUAAUGGAGGAAAUAUCCACUAACAGAUGAAAACAAUCGUCUUGUUUGAAAUUUAUGAUGUUACGUUCAGCCAAGUUCGACGUGACACAGUCAGGAUCAUGAAAUUUUGGGUGGAAAUGAUGAUUAUAUGGUAAAAAAAAUAUGAUCCAGAAAUUUGUAUAACCGAGGAUAAAAUGGUAAUUUAGUGGUGGGUAAAUAGAUGAUAUGGUGGUUCAUUUGGUUGCUGAUAUGUAUUCUUCUUGUACAGCCUAAAAGCUGGUUUUUGUAGGAGAAUUCUUUAUUAAGAUGAUGAGAACAAAGUUUUAUACCAUUUGAAUGACAUUAUUGAGUUGGGUUCAAACAUGGGUAUAAUGGGCAUUUUCUUAUUAUACUAUGUUCUAACAUUUAUUUCAUUCUUAAUGUUGCCGUUUCGUAAUUA